AACUUUCCCCUCCCGUUGGCUUCCGAGCUGCAGCGGGGCCUUUUCUGGGCUGCUAGAGGGCAUCCAGACCGUCCCCUGUCUCCGGUUCUCGAACGCCUGCGUCUCCCAGGCACCAGGAACGAACGAGGCCGACUCUUUCCCUGCGCAGGAGGCAGCUUUGCUCUCCAGGAUCUGCAAUGCAAAGGGCUUCACGGCUGAAGAGAGAGCUGCAGUUACUGACCACAGAGCCACCACCAGGUAUUACCUGCUGGCAGAAUGGGAAUCACAUAAAUGAUCUUCGAGCCCAAAUACUAGGAUGUGCAAAUACCCCAUAUGAAAAAGGAGUUUUUGCCUUGGAAGUCAUUGUUCCUGAAAGGUAUCCAUUUGAACCUCCAAAAAUGCGCUUUGUUACUCCCAUUUACCAUCCCAACAUUGACUCAGCUGGAAGAAUUUGCCUGGAUGUUCUUAGAUUACCACCCAAGGGUGCUUGGAGGCCGUCCUUGAACAUUGCUACUUUGCUAACUUCCAUCCAGAUCCUCAUGAAUGAACCUAAUCCUGAUGACCCUCUCAUGGCUGAUAUAUCUUCAGAGUAUAAAUACAACAAGCAAGCAUUUCUCAAAAAUGCCAGACAAUGGACAGAAAAAUAUGCAAGCCAGACAACAAUGCCUUUAGAAAUCACCAAUGAAGAGAAUUACAAAAGCCAGGCUGAUCUCCCAAAAGAUUCCAGUAUUUCCCAGAAGAGGAAAGGAAGCAAUAUCAAUGGAUUGUCCAAAAAAUGUCGCUUAGAAACAUAAUGAUUUCCUGCUAUAGUAUUUCAGUGGCUGUCACUGUUUGUUCUUAGAGUAAUUUUCCAUCCUUUAAAUAAGCUUGAUGCAAUUGAUGUACUGUUUACUCAUUAUGUAAUGGUAGCCUUACUGUAUCAGUGACAUGAUGUUCAGCGUGGUAUAUGUC